AUGCGCGAAGUGCCGCCCGGAGGCCGCGUCGACGUGUCGCCGUUUUGCCGCUCGGAUUUUCUCACCCUGCUCAACUUCAUCUACCCGACGCGGAUGCCAAUCUAUAGGCAAAGGCCUCAGCUCGAAGAGUUGGUUUACAGGGCUUGCCAAGCGGGCACGUGGAUGCAGAUGAUAGAUUAUGGUAAUGGGCACACCGUUCUACGUGAACCGCGGCGGACGAAGAUUUGUGACCUGUUCAUCCGAUUGCAAAUGGCGCGUCGGGAUCUCGGUGGAAGAUCGGAAAGCAUG